UGUAAUCUAGGCAGUAUCAUCUUAAUGUUCAUGUGCAGGAUAUAUUUCAGCUGACAGUUUGUGUCCGUCAGUCUGGGUGAACAUGGUGAAGAGGAAGAGCUUGGAUGACGGCGACCAGGAGAGUUGCGCAGGAAUACCAUUUCCGAUCCAGACCUUCCUGUGGAGACAGACCAGUGCGUUCUUGCGACCGAAGUUAGGGAAGCAGUAUGAAGCAUCUUGCGUGUCUUUUGAGCGGGUGCUGGUGGAGAAUAAGCUCCAUGGGCUUUCUCCAGCUCUUACCGAGGCCAUCCAGAGCAUCAUGCGCUGGGAGCUAGUGCAGGCUGCACUGCCUCAUGUCCUCCACUGCACUGCCAUCCUCCUCUCCAACCGCAACAAGCUAGGGCACCAGGAUAAACUGGGUGUAGCCGAGACCAAGCUACUCCACACUCUUCACUGGAUGCUGCUGGAAGCAGCUCAGGAGUGCCACCAGGACCAGGGACAUUUAUGGUCUGGUGGAGGUAGCAGUGGCAGCAGCAGUGCCUUCUUCCAGCCUUUGAGUAACCAAAGCCAUCUGGAACACAAUGGCAGUACUCCAGAAGAGAACGAGUACGCUCGAGCCAAACUUUACCACAAGAAUAUGGCCACUGUAGAGCUGUUCGUUUUCCUCUUUGCUCCACUUGUCAACCGCAUUAAGGAGUCUGAUCUUACAUUUCGAUUGGCUAGUGGUCUUGUCAUUUGGCAGCCAAUGUGGGAGCAUCGUCAGCCUGAUGUGCCUGCCUUCUCUGCUCUCAUCAAGUCUAUGCGCAAUAUUGUUACUGCAAAGAGGAACUCUCUGGUAAAUAACCAGUGUAGCCUCUGUGCUCCCAGCAACCCUUGCCCCACAGUGGUGUGUGAAUCUGUUCAGUCUGACUCCUCCUCCACUUCAGUGAAGGCUCAGAGCUGUCGCCGUGGAAACUCAGUGGAGAGAGGAGGCACCUCGCAACAGCCAUGUGAUCGAGGCCUCACUCAAAAGAAGUUGUCAGCACCUGGAGCUAUCUCUGUGUGCCAGAGGGCACGCUAUGCCACCUUCUUUGAUGUGGCAGUGCUACGGUGCUUGCUUCAGCCUCACUGGACAGAGGAGGGUGUGCACUGGGCGCUUAUCUUCUACCUGCAGCGGCUCAGACAGAUUCUGCAAGAGAAGCCUGAGCGCCCACCAGAACCCCCCAGAGCACCCCUGGCAAGACCACGGAGCAGCUCCAUGGUGGCUGCAACGCCAUCUUUGGUCAACACACAUAAAACACAGGACAUGACCCUGAAAUGUAAUGAGGAGGGGAGGUCUCUGAGCUCGGAGACCUUCUCCAAAAUAUCCAUUACCAACCUCAGAAGACCAGCCAUCCCAGACCUCUCUACAGAUGUGAGCAUGAACAUUUUCAAAAAGUUUAAGAACCGCAGGGAGGACAGAGAGAGAAAGGGCUCUAUUCCUUUCCACCAUACGGGGAAGAAGAGACAACGGCGUAUGGGGGUGCCUUUCCUCAUGCACGAGGACCACUUGGAUGUGUCACCUACACGUAGCACCUUCUCAUUCGGGAGCUUCUCUGGAUUGGGUGAUGACCGGCGGCCCUUGGAGCGAGGUGGCUGGCCCUCCACUAUCAUAGGGAAGUUGACUCGUCGUGGCAGCACAGACACGGCAGGGGAUAUGGACAGUCUUGGAAUAAAACACUCUCAUUCCCAUCACAACCUGCCCGACCACUCCAACAGCCACAGUGAUAAUGCCAUCAAAGAAGUCCGUUCCCAGAUCUCUACUAUCACUAUGGCCACCUUUAACACAACGGUGGCCUCCUUCAAUGUGGGCUACACUGAUUUCUUCACGGAGCACAUUAAGAAGCUCUGCAAUCCCAACCCCAUCCCUGAGAUGCCUUGUGAGCCAUUGGCUUGCUCCAACCUGCCACGCAGCCUCACUGACUCCUGUAUCAACUACUCAUGUCUGGAAGAAAGAGACAGCAUUGAAGGAACCAACAGCUUUAUCUUGAAGAACGGCAUGCUGGAUCUCUCUGCUGUCCUCAGGGCUGUGUAUGCCGUCCUCACGCAUGACAUUAGCUCACGGAUCUGCGAUGUGGCCCUCAGCAUUAUUGAGUGCCUCCUACAGCUGGGUGUUGUGCCCAGCAUAACCAAGAAGGUUGCCAAACCAGAGGACAAGGUGAAGGAGGCAGACCUUUCUAAGGAAGGAGCCAGCCAGAGUGUAGGCGGUGCUCAUGGAGGUGUGGAUGGUGGUACAGGGGCUGUUCCCAGUGGAGGGAGUGGAGAUGGUGACGGAGGAGGUGAUGGUGGAGGAGGAGAGAGUGGAAGUGGAAGUAAAAAUGAUAUUAAAAACAACAAAUGCAAUAAGGAAGAGGACUCUGCCCUCAGCACUCACAGAUUAGCUCUAACUAUGCUUAUUAAAAUUGUGAAGUCUCUUGGCUGUGCCUAUGGAUGUGGAGAAGGCCAUCGUGGGCUUUCUGGAGACCGUCUGCGCACGCAGGCUCAGAACUGCCUGACCAGUCUGUACAAGCUAGAUAAAGUGCAGUUCCGGCAGACCAUGAAAGAGUACGUCAACAAGGAUUCUCUCAACAACAUAGUGGACUUUCUGCAUGCUCUUCUUGGCUUCUGUAUGGAGCCCAUCACUGACAAAUACGGCAGUGCAGGUGAGAGGUCCAGGAGGGCGAAUAAACGAAACUUCGACAAGGCUGGCUUUGGAAACAAUUUUGCUACAGGAGGGGAUAAAUCUCUUGCCCAGAGCAUGGAGGCCGUGGUUGUGGGCUGCAUGUUCAAAUCCCUCAUAACCAGAUGUGCAUCCACUACACAUGAGCUGCACAGUCCAGAAAAUCUGGGUCUGUACUGUGACAUUCGACAGCUGGUUCAGUUUAUCAAAGAAUCACACGGCAACGUAUUUCGCCGUGUGGCACUAAGUGCCCUAUUGGACAGUGCAGAAAAACUCAAUGCCACAAAGAAAACCGAGGACAAAGAGGACACCAAGCCAACUGCACAAAAAAGUGAGGAGCAGAUUCCUGGAGCUCUAUUAGGAAGGAAGGACUUCUGGAGGAAGAUGUUCAAGUCUCAGAGUGCUGCCAGUGACACCAGCAGCCAAUCAGAACAGGACACAUCGGAAUGCACUACCGCCCACUCGGGCACGACCACAGACCGCCGCUCACGCUCUCGCUCCCGACGCAUCUCACUGCGCAAGAAACUUAAACUUCCCAUAGGCAACUGGCUGAAGCGUUCGUCCCUGUCCGGCCUGGCUGAUGGGGUGGAGGACCUCUUAGACAUCAGCUCGGUUGACAGACUAUCCUUCAUCCGGCAGAGCUCCAAGGUGAAAUUCACCAGCGCCGUCAAGCUGUCAGAAGGAAGUGCCACAGAAUACGGCCACGAGGAGGAGGAGAACUUCUUCAAGAGGCUUGGUAAAUGGCGGUCUGGCCGGCGGAACCCAUCUAAACUUCACCACACAGAGGAGAAAGAUGGAUGCCAUGGAUUCCCAGAGCGCUUGACUUCGAACCAGGAUGCAAUAAAGAAUAAGAACAUAGUAAAUCUGGGUGCCAUCAGACAGGGUAUGAAGAGGUUCCAGUUUCUCCUGAACUGCUGUGAGCCAGGCACCAUCCCUGAUGCUUCUAUCCUGGCUGCUGCACUGGACCUGGAAGCUCCAGUGGUGGCAAGGGCCUCCUUAUUCCUGGAGUGUGCUCGUUUUGUGCAUCGCUGUAACCGUGGCAACUGGCCAGAAUGGAUGAAAGGUCACCACGUCAACAUCACCAAGCGAGGGCUUUCGCGAGGACGCUCACCUGUGGCUGGGAACAAGAGAAAUAAUAAGUUGCAGUGGAAUGCAGCUAAGUAUUUCUACCAGUGGGGCGAUGCAAUUGGCACUCGUCUUAGCGAGCUGUGUCACUCAGAUAGUGAGAGUCCAGCUAACAUCCUGGGCUUUAUUUAUGACGAGGAGAGCAAAAGGAGGGCACGGAAAGAGGAUGAAGAAGAAGACUUCCUGGAUGACAGUACUGUAAACCCCACCAAAUGCAACUGUCCCUUUGCUCUUAAGAUGUCUGCUUGUCAGCUGCUUUUAGAGAUUACUACCUUCCUGAGGGAGACUUUUCCCUGCCUUCCACGCCCACGCACAGAGCCCCUAGUGGAUUUAGAGAGUUGCCGGCUGCGUCUGGACCCAGAGCUGGGCCGUCAUCGCUAUGAGAGGAAGAUCAGCUUUGCAGGAAUCUUAGAUGAUGAGGACAGCCAUGAUUCCCUGAACAGCAGCAGUCACACUCUGAAGUCUGACACAGCAUGUGAUGAAAAGAAAUCAUCUCAAGAACCCCUGGCUCCCACCAGGAAGAUCCGCAUCGGAGGUUCUCGGCUACUGCAGAUUAAAGGGGCGAGGAGUUUCAAGGUGAAGAAAGGUGGUUCUCUGUCCUCCAUCCGCAGAGCUGGCAGUCUGAAGAGCACCAAGAUGUCUCGGCAGGACUCGGAGUCCGAGAACGACGCCGAUUCUGAUCGUCUGCUGUCACAGAGCAGAGACACGGUCACUGAUAUCGGGAGCUCCUGGAGCGCUAGUGAGCCCAGCAUUGAGCCAGAAGGUCCUGGAAGCACAAGUGGAGGGGACGACUACCACCGCAACAUGUCAUGGCUACAUAUCAUGAUCCUGCUGUGCAACCAGCAGAGUUUUAUCUGCACUCAUGUGGACUAUUGCCACCCUCGCUGCUAUCAACGCCACAGCCGCUCCUGUGCUCGCCUUGUCCGUGCCAUCAAGCUGCUUUAUGGAGAGACUGUUGAUAGCCUGAGAGAAGACAGCUCCAGCAGUAUUUUUGGCACCCGUGCCAAGAAGAGCAAAGAGUGCUCAGACAAAUCAUGCCUGCGGACUCCAUCUAUGAAGAGACGUCCUACUGACAUCAGCGCAGAGGGGAAGAAAGACGCGGGGAUGCUGAAGUACAUUCGGACACAGGUAAUGAGUCUGUCACCUGCACCUCUUUCCCUGCUUAUAAAAGCAGCUCCCAUCCUGACAGAGGAUAUGUAUGGAGACAUUCAGCCAGCUGCGUGGGAGCUGCUGCUCAGUGUCGAUGAGCACAUGGCUGCUGCUGCAGCGGCAAUGUUUCUGCUGUGUGCAGUAAAGGUUCCUGAUGCUGUCACUGAAAUGAUGAUGGCUGAGUUUCAGCACCAGGAAGCAAGUCAAAGGAUUAACUCCGUGCUCAAGUUCUACACUGUCUGGAGGUUCCGCUACCAGGUGUGGCCUCGCAUGGAGGAGGGAGCGCAACAGAUCUUUAAGAUUCCUCCACCCAGCAUUAAUUUCACUCUGCCAUCCCCUAUUCUGGGGAUGCCCUGUGUGCCCAUGUUUGAUCCGCCUUGGGUGCCAGUGAACACUGGAACUGUUCCAGAUGCAAUCAGUGAAGAUCAGUCUAAAUCGUUCUCGGCUCGGGCCGUAUCACGCUCUCACCAACGUGCUGAGCACAUCCUAAAGAACAUGCAGCAGGAAGACGAAAAAAGGAGACUGGGGCGUGAGGCCAGCAUCAUCACAGCCAUCCCCAUCGCUCAGGAGGCCUGUUACGAGCCCACCUGUAGCCCUCCACCUGAACAGGAGGAAGAGGAAGAUGUGGUAAACCUGGCGUCUCGGCGUCUCUCUGUGAGCCCCUCCUGUGCCUCCAGCAAUUCGCACAGGAACUACUCAUUCCGCCGCGGUUCGAUGUGGUCAGUGCGCUCAGCAGUCAGUGCUGAAGACGACGAAAACACUACAGAACACACACCAACACAUCACAUGUUGCAGCCGCCUCAGGCUGUUUUCCCAGCAUGCAUCUGUGCUGCAGUGUUGCCUAUAGUGCACCUAAUGGAGGAUGGAGACAUUCGAGAGGAUGGUGUUGCAGUUAGUGCCGUGGCUCAGCAGGUGCUGUGGAACUGUCUGAUUGAAGACCCAGCUCUCGUUCUCCGGCACUUUCUAGAGAAACUAACAGUUAGUAACAGACAGGAUGAGCUGAUGUAUAUGCUAAGAAAGCUGCUCCUCAACAUCGGGGAUCUUCCUGCACAAACUUCACACAUUCUCUUCAACUACCUGGUGGGUUUAAUCAUGUAUUUUGUUCGGACGCCAUGCGAGUGGGGAAUGGAUGCUAUCUCAGCUACACUGACCUUUCUGUGGGAGGUGGUGGGCUAUGUGGAAGGCCUGUUCUUUAAAGACCUUAAACAGACCAUGAAGAAAGAGCAGUGUGAGGUGAAACUGCUGGUCACCGCCUCUAUGCCAGGAACAAAGACGCUGGUGGUUCAUGGGCAGAAUGAGUGUGAUAUUCCUACACAGUUACCAGUACACGAGGAUACACAGUUUGAAGCCUUGCUCAAGGAGUGUCUUGAGUUCUUCAAUAUACCAGAGGCCCGUUCAGCCAACUACUUCCUUAUGGACAAGCGAUGGAAUCUCAUCCACUAUGCCAAGACAUAUGUGCGAGACAUCUACCCUUUCAGGAGAUCAGUUUCCCCUCAGCUCAACCUGGUCUACAUGGAACCAGAAAAGGGGCAGGAGCUCAUUCAGAAACAGGUGUUCUCCAGGAAGCUGGAGGAAGUGGGCCGAGUUCUCUUCCUCAUUUCUCUCACCCAGCGCAUGCCUGCAAUGCACAAACAGUCCCAUGUGUCCUUGCUUCAGGAAGACCUGCUGCGUCUUCCCUCCUUUCCUCGCACAGCCAUAGACGCAGAGUUCACUCUCUUCAAUGAGCCUCUGGGGAAAGAACUCUUUGGCAUGGACACUUUGCACAAGGUUUUGUGGAUCAAGCUGUUGGAGGAGAUGUUUCUGGGCAUGCCUAGCGAGUACCCAUGGGGCGAUGAGAUAAUGCUCUUUCUGAAUGUGUUCAACGGAGCCCUAUUGCUCCACCCUGAAGACAGUGCCCUCCUCAGGCAGUACACUGCCACAGCCAUCAACACCGCUGUGCACUUCAACCAUUUGUUCUCCCUGAGUGGCUACCAGUGGAUUCUUCCCACAAUGCUUCAGACAUACGCUGAUUAUGAAAGUAACCCAUUGCUGCGUCGAGGCAUUGAGUUCUGCUGCCGGCAGUUUUACAUUCUCCACCGCAAACCGUUCAUUCUGCAGCUGUUUGCCAGUGUGGCCCCACUGCUGGAGUUCACUACCUGCACCAGUACUGGACUGUCUAAAGGUGUGUCGGCACAGUGCCUGUUUGACCUGCUGCUGUCCCUGGAAGGAGAAACAACCGAUAGCCUGGAUGCUUUGGAGCUGGUCAAAGCUGAGAAACCACUACGCUCGCUGGAUUUUUGCUAUGGCAGUGAGGACCUAACUUUCUCCAUCAGUGAAUCCAUCAAGCUGUGUGUAACUGUGGUGGCCUACGCUCCUGAAUCCUUUCGAAGUCUGCAGAUGCUGAUGGUUUUAGAGGCGCUGGUUCCUUGUUAUUUGCAGAAACUGAAGAGUAACAGUCAAGCGCUUGAGUCAGUGUCUGUAGCUAGAGAUGAGAUUGCAGCUAUAGCCACACUGGCCACCUCUCUUCAGGCUUUGCUGUAUAGUGUGGAGUCCCUGACACGACCUAUGACUGCACCUCAGAUGAGUCGCUGCGAUCAGGGCCAUAAAGGAGGAACUGCUGCCAACCACACGAUGUCUGGAGGACCAAACACCAGAGAUAACCUGCACCUGCUGGAGGAGGGUCAGGGCAUGCCCCGGGAGGAGCUGGAUGAGCGCAUUGCCCGCGAGGAGUUCCGCCGGCCUCGAGAGUCGCUUCUCAACAUCUGCACUGAAUUCUACAAACACUGUGGCCCACGAUUAAAGAUCCUGCAGAAUGUGGCUGGAGAACCCAGAGUCACUGCUCUGGAGCUUCUGGAUAUAAAGUCUCAUAUGAGGCUGGCAGAGAUUGCACAUUCGCUCCUGAAGCUGGCACCGUAUGACACUCUGACCAUGGAGAGCCGUGGCCUGCGCCGCUACAUCACCGAAAUGCUGCCCAUCACCGACUGGUCAUCAGAAGCAGUGCGGCCGGCUCUCAUCCUCAUUCUCAAGCGCCUGGACCGCAUGUUCAACAAGAUCCACAAGAUGCCCACGCUCAGACGACAGGUGGAAUGGGAAGCAGCCAGCAGUCUGAUCGAAGGGAUUUGUCUGACUCUUCAUCGUCAGCCGAUAAUUUCCUUCCUCCCCCACCUGCGCUCUCUCAUCAAUGUCUGUGUCAACCUGGUGAUGGGUGUGGUUGGACCCUCCAGCGUAGCAGAUGGUCUGCCAUUGCUGCACUUAAGUCCUUACCUCUCCCCUCCUCUCCCAUUCAGCACGGCUGUGGUUCGCUUAGUGGCCAUGCAAAUACAAGCUUUGAAGGAUGACUUUCCGCUCAGUCAGGUGAUCUCACCCUUUACUAAUCAGGAGAGACGAGAGGGCAUGCUACUUAAUCUUCUGAUUCCAUUCGUGCUGACCGUUGGCUCAGGAAGCAAAGACAGUCCUCAGAUUGAGCAGGCAGAGGUCUUCCUGCUCCUGCAGACAGUCAUCAACAUCCUGCUGCCUCCGCGCAUCAUCAGCACAUCUCGCAGUAAAAAUUUUGUUUUAGACGCAUCCCCGGCACACUGCUCCACCCCCGGAGACACGGGCAAGGACCUGCGCCGAGAGGGACUGGCUGAGUCUACCAGCCAAGCCGCUUAUCUAGCUCUGAAGGUGGUGCUGGUGUGCUUUGAGAGGCAGCUGGGUAAUCAGUGGUACAGACUGAGUCUGCAGGUGAAGGAGAUGGCUCUGCGCAAAGUGGGUGGUCUUGCUUUCUGGGAUUUCAUCGACUUCAUAGUGCGCACUCGCAUCCCCAUCUUUGUGCUCCUGCGCCCCUUCAUACAGUGCAAGCUGCUAACCCAGCCGGCAGAGUCUCAGGAGGAGAUUACAGCCCGGCAUCACAUCGCUGACCAGUUGGAGAGGCGCUUUAUCCCACGCUCACUCUGCAAGAGCUCACUGUUCGCGGAGUUCAACAAUGAGCUCAAGAUCCUGAAGGAGGCCGUGCACAGUGGCUCGGCAUACCAAGGAAAGACAUCCAUUAGUACAGUGGGCACGUCCACAUCAGCCUACCGGUUGAGCCUGGCCACCAUGUCUCGGUCAAACACAGGCACAGGGACAGUGUGGGAACAGGACAGCCAGCCGUCUCGCCAGCCCUCACAGGACACACUUAGCCGCACUGACGAGGAGGAGGAGGAAAAUGAUUCUAUAAGCAUUCCCAGUGUGGUAAGUGAGCAUGAAGCAUUCAUACCCAGUGUAAUUACACAGCGGCGUUUCUCCAGCCAUGCCACAGGUUCUGCCUCCACACAGCCAGAGCCAGGUCUAAGCACCAUGCUGCCCAGUCACAGUGAACCCAAUGUGCUAGAUGAGUCCCAGGGGCUGCUGGAGGAGGGUACCCUGUCACGGGUUGCAAGUGUCCAAAGUGAGCCAGGCCAUCACAAUCUCUUACUUCAGCCACCACUUGGUCGAAAAAGAGGUCUUAGGCAGCUUCGUCGACCACUGCUGUCCAUCCCACAGAUGCAAGAUGACUGUCGUGGACGGCAUGGAGCCAGACUCUCAACCACUCGCAGGAGCAUUCAGCCCAAGAACAAAGCAGUUGAUCGAAUACACAGUGACCAAAAGAGGUCGGUCACCUUCACCGAAUCCCAGGAAGCUUCUAGAAAGUCUCCUUCUGCUACACCCACUCCGAACACUGCUCUGCUGGGAGCGAAUGGAGCCAGAAGACCUAGCCACUCACCCACAGCUACUGCUCGCUCUGAGACUCCAUCACCCUCCAUCAGAGCUGAGCAGAACAUCCCAGCACAUCCACAGGCUUCACCUGUUGCUGAGAGUAAAGAAAAGCAAGACAAGGGUAGUACGAGAAGUAGCCUCUCCCCCACGCCAUCCUCCACUCCAGCCUCCAGGUCAUGCUCUCCCCUCCCUUCCUCUUUCCCGAUGCUGAGCACUCCUGUCCGUCUGAACCCGGCUCAGAUCCGUGAGAGUCCAGAAGACGAGGAGACAUCAGGGCUUUUGGAAAACACAGACACCUCGCUCCACAUGGCUGAGGAGCAUGGCACAGAGAACCCUCUCCUCACCUCUCUCCUCACACCUCAUUCUCUGUCCCCUCUACCCCUGUCUCCUGUAGAUCUGGACCUAGACGAGUCUCAUGUCUGAAAGCCUCAAAACCUUUAAAAGCUUAAUCAAAAAGCAUCAGGGAAGGGUCAGUGAAAAUUCAGCAUUUGGCUAUUCAAAUGCCACAAUACGCCAUGACUCAUGAGGGAACAGGAAAGUGGUAGUUCUAUGUAAGUGACCACAAGAGUUUAAAAUCUCACACUUUGAGAUUUAAACAGGUUGCCAGAUUGACACAGUCGAUUCAUUGUGCAUUAGUCACCAUUAGUAACCUUUAACUGCUUUAAAACUGUGUAUUUUAACCCACAAAACAGUUUUAUGGGGAAAAAAACGUCAAAUCUGUUCACUAUGUAGAUUACUAAAGUAUACCAAACAAAAGGUUACUGUAAAUGUUAGUUGCUCUGGGGAAAUUUAAACAUUGACUAUGUUUACACGGACAGCAGUAAUGUAAUUAUUGAGCUUACUCUGAGUAAGAUAAUACUGUGAUUAAGGUGUGUACACGAGUCGCUUUUAGAAUACUCCUGUCAUGUUCCCGUUUUACAUGUUAUAGAACAUGAUUAGAUUAACGGCACACGUCAUUACGUCACCACGUCACGCCGUCCGACGUCCCUCCAGAAUUUCACGUAUCUACAUACAGUUGGUCUUCAUUAUGGGACCGUAUACAGUUUUGGGUGUUUUUAUUUAUUUUUUUUUACGAACGCUUUAAGUGCAGUUAAUUAUCUGUCGUGCUGUACGUGCUAAUAGACGACUGCUUGAAGCCGUGGGCUGCGUCCCAAACCGCGUACUUACCGUCUAUAUAGUAGCCGAGAUACAUGUAUUUUUCCCCACUACAGGCCUAUAGUAGGCAAGUAUGCGAUUUGGGACGCAGCCGAACUCUCUUGUUCGCCGUAAAACGGCCGUGUGUGAUCGUGUCCUGUCACAAAAUGCGGUGAAAACUCUCACACGACGUUCAUAAUGUGAUCAAGGUGUUUACAUGUCUGUAAUACACAACGAUAAUGCGACUAAAACAGGAGUACUCCACCUCCAUUAAUUCGAUUAUUGUAUUAUGUUAUAUUACUUCGAUUAUGACCUUAAUUAGAUUAAGGUAAGUAAAAAUUGCUGUUUACAUGCUAGUUUCUUCAUUAGAGUAUGGUCUUAAUCGGAUUAAGAGUGGAUUAUUGUUGUCCAUGUAAACGCAGCUAGUGAUGUAUUCGAAAACUCAGUUAUAUACCAGGGGGAUUCAACUAAAAUUAAAGGUCUGGAUGAGCAGCUAAUAUGACUAAACGAUGACAACAGUUUUGCUUAAACAUUAAUGAUUAGUUUAUGGCUAUAAACAAAAAAGUGUUUUUGUUUUGUAGUGGUGUAUCACGUUACUACUUUUAACUUUUGAAUUUGCUGUAUUUCAGGUGACCUAAACUACAGAGACGUUAAAUCAGUUUGUGCAGUGCCCCUAAGGUCAUUUAUGAACUCCCAUACAUCUGACCUAGUAGAAAUGUAUUCUGUAGUUAAAACUGGUUGCUCUGCACAUCACUCAAACAAAUUGGUUCUAAAUAAACUGGCUUUAGAUGAGUCUAGAUAUUCAUAAAGCACUGUGAGUUAACAUUAGAGCUUUAACCUCCAGAGAAAAUCAAUAAACAGGUUCAGUGUUCAGUUCUGGGGGGUAUUCCAGUGAGCGGGUUUAGCAAUGAACCGUUCUCAGUGGGGGAAAUAGUUCUCCGUUCCAAAAACUGUGAUACUCAUGAUUACAACUGUUGAUAAUCAGAUGAUUGUCGAGAGUAAUUUCUAUCAACUACGAGCAGUCGCAAAGCUGAAACCACUCCCCUCAAAUCAAGCUAUGGAAAAAGUCAUCCAUGUUUAAAGAAACAGUACUGUAUAAGGAAUUAUCGUAAUUCUACAUAGGACUCAAUAAGUCAUCCCUCACCACCAAUUAGUUCAGAAUGCAGCAGUUAAACUGCUAACUGGCACCAAGAAAAAGGAUCAUAUCACUCCGGUUUUAGCCUCUCUGCACUGGCUGCCUGUCCAGUACAGGAUCCAAUUUAAGGUCCAUUUAUUUGUUGUUAAAGCUCUUAACAGGAUAGCCCUCUCCUAUACCAUGGACCUGCUCUCUCAGUACUCAGCUCCUAGGUCUUCAAGGUCUUCUGAUCAGUCACUCCUGGCCGUCCUACGGCCAAGAGGUUGAGGCUAAAGUGUGACCGUGCCUUUGCGAUCGCUGCGCCAUGGCCAUGGCUAAACUUGCUAUCACUAUUAUUACUAUUUCAUGUCUUAGCAUUAUUCUCUUUUUUUUUUUUUAAACAAUUAAUUGGGCCCUGUCUGUAUUUUUAAUCUAAUUUUUUUUUCUUAUGUAUUGUCCCCUCUGAAUGUAUUGGAAUGCAAGGCCAAGGGUUUUGUUUUUGCUAUACACUGAAGACAUUUGGGUUUGAGAUCAAAAGAAUAUGAGAUUAUAGAUCAGAAUUUCAGCUUUCAUUUCCUCAUAUUUACAUCGAAAUGUGUUGGCACUGACACUUAAGUGCACAGAAGUACAGGAACAGACAGUUAAUUAAAAUCGGUAACACUUCAUAUUGGGUUGCAUGUUCAUUGCUUGUAAUAACUGCUUCAAGCUGGCGAAACACUGACCACCAAACUGUUGCAUUCUUUUUUUUUUUUUUUUUUGGUGAUGCUUUUCCAGACUUGUACUGCAGUUUCUUUCAGUUGUGGUUUGUUUUAGGGGUUUCUCCUUUCAGUCUCUUCUUCAGGAGAUGAAACGCAUGCUCACUUGGGAUAAGGCUAGUCUAAAACCUUCCACAUUUUCCCCCUGAUGAAAUCUUUUGUUGUGUUGGCAGUGUUUUGGGUCACUGUCUAGCUGCAAGAAGUUCCUCACAAUUAUAUUGGAUGCGUUUCUCUGUUAACUGACAGAAUGUUUCUGUACACUUCUGAAUUCAUUGAUUAGAGGUUCAUCUUGGUUCUAAAUCUUUUGUGGCUCAUUUCUGUAUUUCUUUGUGAAUUCCAGUCUGAACUUCUGAUUCGUACUGCUGAUGAGUGGUUUGAAUCUUGUGAUAUAGCUUCUACAUUUCUGCCCUCAAAGUUUUCUUGGAAAGGAGGAUUGUGAUACAUUCACUCCUGCCCUGUGGAGGUUAUUGGUGAUGUCUCCGCAGCUCUCACAAUGUUUCUGUAUCAGUUGCUGUCGUUUACCUUGGCAGACUGGUUUAAUGUCUGGUUGUUAGUACACAAGUGGUUUCUUUCUUUUCCAGGACAUUCCAAAUUGUUAUAUCAGCUAUGCCCAAUGCUUGUGCAGAGGCUCUGAUAGAUCUUCCGUCUUUUCAAAAUGGCUAGCUUUUCUCCCAUAGACAGCUCUCUGGUCUUCACGUUGGUUCAUCCUUUUUAACAACAAAUUCAGCCAUAUCCGGUGAAACCCAGGGCUCAAACCAAGCGUAGACAUUCAGAGCGAAUAAUUGUUUAGACAAUCAUUCUAACAGGGCACACCUGGGCAACAAGAAACACAUGAUCCAUAUACGUAUAGUCCAAUCCAUAAGAAGUCACAUGUUCCAUAUUUUGUAUUACUUGAAAUAUGGGUGGAUUCAAACAGAAAGUGGUUGAACACAUCUACAUAUGAAUAUCAGGAAAUGAAAGCUGAACUUCUGAUCUAUCAUCUCAUAUUCAAUCUGAAAUCUGAAACCUGAAUGUCUUCAGUGUAUAGCAAAAACAACUGAACUGGCCUUGCUGUUCCAAUACUUUGAGAGGACUGUAUGUACACUUUGGGCGACUAUUGCUGUUUUAAAUGUGCGUUAUACAUACAGCUAACUUACUUAAAUUAUUUUAAGUCAAGUGGACAUGCAAAAGUGCACAUGCAAACAUGUGCUAACACAAGACAGUGCAGUAACUACUGAAACAGGAACAACAGGCACAGUAAGUGACCGAUUUCUGCCAAUUCGAUAUUCUAUUAUUCACUAAUUGAUAUUUCCCUGAACAAUAUCAUUAAAUUAAUUUAGUCUUAUAUUUAUUGCAUGCUUUUAGACUCCAUUUUAUAGGCCUUAGGACAAGGCUAAACUAGAGUAAAAAAUCUACAGGAACACUUUCCUCUCUGAAGCACCUUCAUCCUGAAAUGAACAUGCACAACAGUGAAUGCGGUCUACUUAAAUCGAAUCACCAAAAAUAUGGUUCAAAAUGAUAUGCAGACGUGUGAGGUUGUCGGUGACUGUCGAGGGAUGAUGCUUGGAUUUUACCCAGGUAGAAGAUAACGUUCUGGUUGUUGUCUGGUUGUUAUCUGGUUGUUGUCUGGGUGGGGCGGCUGUGGAUCAGGUGGGGCAAGACACUGAACCCCAAGUUUUCCCGAUGGCAAGUUAAUGCCUUGCAUGGCAGCUCUGCUACCGUGAGUGUGUGUGUGAAUGGGUGAAUGAGACACAGUAGAUAAAAGCACUAUAUAAGUGCAGUGCAGACCAUUUGCCUACUAGGGAUCUAAUAUCAGCACCCCUUCAGUUCAACUACGAUCAGAUUAAAUAUGAUUAUGAUGUUGAUAUACCAAUACUUUAUAUACACUGCCUGGCCAAAAAACGGCCACUGUGUGGCUUUAAAUAAGGAAAUACUUAAGAGCCUAGGAUUGGAUCUUUAUUGCAGUGAUUCAUAUGUUUCAGCUGGCAGCAAUUCUUUUAACCCUAAUAGAUGCAGUGUGUAGCUUCUCAUUUCUUAAACAACCGUGUCGGAAGACGUAUCCCGUGGUCGUGGAAAAGAUGUGCGUAUGUUUCAGAAGGGGCAAAUUAUUGGCCUGCAUCAAGCAAAGAAAACCACUAAGGAGACUCCUGGAAUUGAGAACUGUUAAGAACUGUCUAAUGCAUUAUUAAAACCUGGAAGGAGAGCGCUGAACUGUCAACUCUGAGGACGAAAAAUGUUCAGGAUCUUGAGCGAUUGCGAUCGGAGCUCUUGAAGACACUCUCACAUCGUAAAUAAUCUACAGUAGAACUCGUGGCUAUGUUUAACGGUAAAACUAAGAGUAUUACGACAUGCACAAUGCGACGAGAACUUACAGGAUUGGGACUAAACAGCUGUGUUGCCUAAUCAGUUUGAGGCUAAUCAGAUAAAAACGACUUCAGUUUGCUAGGGAGCAUAAAGAUUGGACUGUGGAGUGAUGGAAAAAGGUCAUGUGGUCUGAUGAGUCCAGAUUUACCCAAUUCCAAAGUGAUGGGUGCAUCAGGGUAAGAAGGGAAGCAGAUGAAGCGACGCACCAAUCAUGCACAGUGCAUACCGUACAAGCCUCUGGAGGACUUGUUAUGAUCUGGGGUUGUUUCAAUUGGUCAGAUCUCGGCUAAGCGAUGUUAUGCAGCAAUAAAAUGAAGUGAGCCGAGUACCUGAAUGUACUGAAUGACCACGGGCACGGGCAUGUUCCAGGACAAUGCCAAGAUUAAUCAGGCUCAAAUUGUGAAAGAGCGGUUCAGGGAGCAUGAGGAAUCAUUAAAUGGCCACCACAGAGUCCUGACCUUAACCCCAUUCAAAGUCUUUGGGAAGUGCUGGAGAAAACGUUUCAGAGUGGUUAGACUCUCCCGUGCUCUAUACAAGAGCUCAGACAAAAAUGAACGCAACUCUGGAUGGAACUAGAUGUUGUCACGGUGCACAAGGUUGGGUGUCCUGCGACUCUUAUAACGAAAUCAAAAUUUAAAGCAUACCCACUGCUCUAUGACUCUGCCAGCUCCUCUGCUUGUGUGAGCAGUUGGGCUGGAUUUUAGGCGCUUCAGCCUUCUUGAUAUUGGCUACAAAGUGAAAAUAAGUCUGAAAUUAGUUUCCAAUUAAGGAAACGUUGUAGCUAUAAGCAAAAAAAUAUCUUUACACAUCUUUGGCUUAAUUGAAUCUCAUGUUCUAACGUGUUGGUAAAUCCUUUUAUCAUCAAUCAUUGAAUGGAUCUAAAUACUAUUUUGGAAACCCAGACACCCCAAACUAUUAAAUUCAGGCGCAGUAAUACUAACGAACUUCUGAACAUUAGUGUUUCACUUCCAUUAGACAUUUACACAGUGCACACAUUCAGACUUCAGUAUUUUAUAUUUCAGCUGUAAAAAAUAUUUUCGUCUCAUACACGCUGUAUAAAUCCUUUAUCAGAAUGCCACCAAUGAGGGAGUUUUAUGUUCACUGUGAACAUACUUGGAGCAGAUAAACCUCGAGCAUUACAAUUCUUAUCUGCCAAAUCUAGAUAGUUCACACUGGCUUUACUCAGGUUAACUUAGGCUUUGUUAAACCUGCUUUCUGGAAUACACUCCCCAGAUCAUCAUCAUCAUCAUCAUCAAAGGUAAUGUUAUUUAACCUAAAUAUUUCCAUGUGCACAUUAUAUGUGAUGUAGAUUCAAUUUAGCAUUAUUUAAAUAAAAAAAAGUGCAUUAUACAAAAUAUUUAUUUUGAGUAAUAAUCAAAUAUAUUUGCAAUAACACUAAAUAGAUAUUUUCAAUCAUGAGUAGAUUUCCAGACCUCAUACACACGUUAAGCGAGUGUCUAUCCGAGCUGAAGUGAAAGAAUUAGUAUUACUUUAGGAUCAUCAGUUAUGUGAGAUACGUUUUUCUAUUAAACACAUGAAAUUUAUUUCACAUUUUGUUUACUGACAUAAACUGGUCGUAUUCUACCAGCAGGUUCUGUACAAGCCCGAAAAAGUCCAUCGUGAUGUAGAUAUACAGUAUAUAAUAAAACGGCUAUAAUCAGACAAUGCAACAAACUGUAGUAGCUGAAGCUAACGAGGUGCCUGUGAAGAAAGAGACGGUCACUGUUUGUCAGUGAGUGCAAAUAUGCAGUGUUUUAUGUGUCUACUGUUUUUCCUGUCAGUAAACUUGUUGCUAACUAUUGAGCUUGUGCAAUAAUAAAAAUAUAUACUCCAACCAACCAUUAAAGAGAACCGAUGUUUUUCUUUCAGAAACAAUGCUGAGACACAGGAAUACUAACAGUUUUCAAUGCGUCGUUCGAAGUGUCAUGG